CUCAGACAGAAAGCAGCAACGUCGGUCUGCAGAGUUCCUCCUCUAACCGAAGGUCUACCAGCCACUCAUGAUGUCCUCCGAUGUUUGCCAAAUGGAGACCCAAAUAUCCUACAAUGUCAGUGAUCAGCAGGUCUCCAGCGGCUACUCCGACAUUCUGGAGGAAACCCUAAAGAUGCUGCUGAGCAUGUGCGACGAUGAGCCAGCCAGACUGCAGGAGCUCAACAAUCGCUUUGCAAGCUACAUCCAGAGGAUCCACCAGCUGGUUAAAGACAACCAGAACCUGGUGGAGGUGGUGCACCUGCGAGUCCAUGAGACCAAGCGCAUCUCUUCCCUGUAUGAGGAGCAGCUCAAGAAGAAGAGCGAGGAGAUUGGGACACUGGCGAGUCAGAAAAAAGAGAUGGAUGCGAAGUUAAAGGAGCUGACCUUCAGACUGGAGACGGAGAACAAACUGAGAAUGGAUGCUGAGCAGAGAAUUGCUAUUCUGAUUAAGGAAGGCAACUCUCCCAAUCUGGAAACCUAUCUCCUGAAAAUUAGGUCACUGGAGGAGGACAUUUCCUUAAUGAAGAAGGUCUAUGAAGAGAAGGAUACAAAAUACUGUCUAGACAUAAAGACUGUGAUCGAUACCGUCGACGGCCCCAAGACUGACCUGACGCUGAUUCUGAAGAAAAUACGCGAGGAUAUGACUAUCAUCGCCAAGGGUAAUGUCAAGGAGAUGGAGACCUUGUAUAAAUCCAGGAUUUCAGAAUGGAAGAGGACUCUGAGGGAGAGAGAGGAGGAACUGGUUGAGGCCCGCCAGAAGAUCUCAGACUUCAAUCUCCAGAUCCACUCCAACACCUGUGAGAUCAGCUCCCUCAAAGCCACCAUUGAAGCCCUGAAGAACCAGAUAAAGAGAAUGGUGGAAUGCCACAAGCUUGAGAUUGAAGGCUUGCAGAGGAAAAUAACCGAUCUCAAUGAACACAUCAGCAGUAAGGAGAAUGAGAUGGGCUUUUACGUGCAGAAGUACCAGGGUCUGCACAGUGCCAAAGUAGCAAUGAAUUUGGAAAUUGCUGCCUACAAACAUCUGCUGGAAUUCGAGGAGGGCAGGAUUAAUGAGUUUGAGCCAAGCAUCAUCCUGUGCAACAAAGGAGAAACCUGGAAUAUCGACCUUGAGGCUUUCAGACAGGAAAUAAGCACUAAGAUCACAGAAGAAACUUGGAUUUACCAACAUGAGGAUAGAAGCUUUGAGCAAACCUACCAAGAGAUCGGCUCUGCAGAGGAAGAUAAGAGCGGAGAUGAAGCAGCAGUUAAAAGCAUAUCACAGGUGGAUUAGAAGUGACAGCUUCCCACAGAGAGGGAGAAGGGGAUGAAAUGAGACACCAACCAGAUUAUAAUAUAAAAUGUAUAAGAUAAUGAUGAUCAAAUAUUUAUUACAGCUUGUUAUGAUUUUUUUCUGAUAUAUGUAUUUAUCUUUUAUUUUGUGAUUUGUUUCUUUGCCUGCUGUUUCCUGUUGAAUGAGUAGAACAGGCUUGAAGUUCAAAUAUAUUUAUAGUUUAUGAAUCUUAAUGCAAAUAUUCAUAUAAGCUAGUUUAUGAAUCGUACUGCAACAUUGUAGCAUUAUAUGAGCUCUUUGUUAUAUUAAACCACCAGAUUAGUAAUAACAACCAAUUUCAUGUAUUUACCAUCAAUAAAACAA